AUGUAUUUUCAAUACGCUGAAACGUAUGGCCCGUAUUUGAAUGGUCUACUCAUACCCUCCAGAAUCGGCUCCACACCAACCAAAGGCGGUGGAAAUUUUGAAUCUAACAUCGAUGUAGUCAAUGUAUUUUGUGUUUUGGACGUUAUAGGAAUGCAUUCACUUUUGCGAACAAUCUGUGAACACGUUUUCAGUCAAUACUUGUCUCCCUUUCCGCCCAAACACUCACUUCAGACCAACUGGUCUUCACUCGCAUCGAGUGAUGUGAAGGACACUACGAUUACCACAAUGGGACGCUCUUUGAUUCAAAAGCGAAUAAAUGAGCGAAACAUGCGUUUAAUGAAUGCAAUAAAGGCUGAAUUGGUUGACCACGUGUUGAGUGCGGGAUCGACUUGUGGUGACCAUUGGAUCCAUACAAAGUCUAACUCACUUGUCCUCGUCUUUCAUAAUGAUAUCGAGUUCUCCGCUUUCUUCUAUAAGCUCUUGAGUGAGAGUUGCCUUCAGAGGAAUAGCUUUAUUGGCUUUGGCAUCAAUUAA